CACGGACGCACGCGCGUGAAAUCUCAACAGCAGCAGCAGCAACACUGCGCGCGGUGCAGUAUGAGGUUACACUGAGCACUUGUGAUAUCGGAGGCCGUUAUGAGUGGGAAGAGCCUCUUACUAAAGGUCAUUCUCCUGGGAGAUGGCGGCGUGGGGAAAAGCUCCCUCAUGAACCGCUACGUGACCGACCGUUUCGACUCGCAGUCGUUCCACACCAUCGGCGUGGAAUUCCUCAACCGCGACCUCGAAAUUGACGGUCGACUUGUCACCCUCCAGAUCUGGGACACUGCGGGCCAGGAACGCUUCAAGAGCCUGCGUACACCCUUCUACCGUGGCGCAGACUGCUGCCUGCUCACGUUUGCCGUGGAUGACCUGCAGAGCUUCCAAAACCUAGGCUGCUGGAAGAAGGAGUUCAUGUAUUACUCAGACAUACGAGACCCGGAGCGCUUUCCCUUCGUGGUGCUCGGAAACAAGGUGGACAAGGAAGAACGCGAAGUUGGUGAGGACGAAGCCAGGGCUUGGUGCGAGGAAAACGGCUGCUGCCCAUACUUUGAGACCAGCGCAAAGGACGACACCAACGUGGCGGCCGCUUUUGAGGCAGCUGUUCAGGAAGUUCUAGCCGGGGAGGACCCGAUUGAUCAAACCCUGCUGAGUAGCACCAUUGAUCUCCAUGGAAACCGCAAAGUGGCUCGUUCUUCUUGCUGUUGAGGUGCCUCCAAAUUGGUCCUGGCCUUGUGGCUUCAUAGCUAGGAACUUACAAUCUCUUGCUGGUAUGCUUGAGGGCUGUCUGUGCGGUACAGGCACAAUUGUAGUCAGAUGUGUCUCUUUGACAAAUUGGCUACAUGCGUAACAGAAUAAUGGUCCUAUGUAACAGUAAAGGUAUUUUAUAAAUAUUUAUGUCUCCACAGUCUGGCACAAACAACAUAUUCCAUGCUGAUUUCUCUGCCAAAGGCUUGUCUGCUUGUGAAGUUGUGCUUUUAUAAUAUUAUUUAAUGAUGGCUUCAUGUCCUGGAGAUCACCACCGGCUCUGAUCUCCAAGAGCGCACACAGUGCUGAUCUAGCCUCUCUCGCAGCAUUUUACUUUUUAAUUGUUUUAUGGUAUCGCGGUACACCUUUUUGUCCGAUAUUCCAAUUUACUGUACAUAACCCAAGACUGGCGUAUUACAGAGCCCCUUACAGGACAGGAAGGAUAUUUAUUUUCUGAAAUAGUUUUGCAUUCCAUCGCAAUUAUUUUGGGUUCCCUUGCAGUAGUUUUAUCAGUCCUUUACAAAAAGUAACUAUAGUU